CGUCUUUUAGUCUGUUGUGUUUUUGAGUGUUUGUUGAAGUUAUGAGGGUGUGUCUUGGUAGUUUCCUACUACGUUUAUUGUGCGUUCGUCAAAGGGGUGUGUACCCUGACGUAUUUGUUGAUACCAUUUCGGUACAGUAGCGUAGUAGGUAUGCAAUGGUUCAGGUGUGUCACACACGAGAAAGUGGCGCUACUGAUAUCAACCCAAUUAGUAAUAAUUACUAACUGAAAGGAAUGUUGGGAAACUGGAAAUGUAAACCAGAAACAUAAAUUGUGCAAAAUUAUGCCAUUUGAAUAAGAUGCGAAUUUUACAACGUUGAAACUGGAGUUGUUGCCCACGACAGAUUGUUUAAAUAACCGAAGUUAGCAUUUCUCUUUAGUUCCAUUCGAGGUGUGCAACAAACUAAUUCAUUUUAAAAUGAUGCGCUCAAGUUCAAUACCGAUACCAUCGACGCCGAAGGAGUCUUCUCCAACGGGAAGCCCUCCUGAUACACCCAAGCUAAUGCCCGGGGGUAACUACAUCAAACCAGGACGAGACUCUGCGAAAAGUACUUGCCUGAUCUUUUCACCUCCAGAGGAAGAGGUUGGGAUUCUCGCACGAUACCUGAAGAUUUUCGAGCGUCAUGGAGUCAACCUUAUGCACAUCGAAUCGCGUCCAUCUUCCAGAACGCCAAGCGGGUACGAAUUUAUGGUGGAAUGCGCACCUGGUGGUGACAUGGGAGCCGCCAUCACUGAAGUUCGAGGAUUAAGCGAGCAUUUCACCAUCAUAUCUCGCAAUUACAAGGAUAAUAUUAACACUGUUCCGUGGUUCCCCCGUCGCAUUCGCGACUUGGAUAAGUUCGCGAAUCAAAUUCUGUCUUACGGUGCAGAGCUCGACUCCGAUCAUCCAGGAUUUACCGAUGCCGUCUACAGAGAGCGACGAAAGUACUUUGCUGACAUCGCCUACCACUACAAGCACGGCCAACCGCUCCCUCACGUCGAUUACACGAAGGAAGAAACUGAGACAUGGGGGAAGGUGUUCAAGCAGCUACACACGCUCUAUAGAACACACGCGUGCAAGGAGCACAACCACGUCUUCCCACUAUUAAUGCAAAACUGCGGUUACCGAGAGGAUAACAUUCCCCAACUGGAAGACGUCUCAAAUUUCCUCAAAGACUGUACAGGAUUCACCUUACGUCCCGUGGCCGGCUUACUUUCCUCUCGCGAUUUCCUAGCCGGCUUGGCCUUUAGAGUGUUCCACUCGACACAAUACAUACGCCACUCCAGCCGGCCAUUUUACACUCCAGAACCCGACGUCUGCCACGAGCUUCUGGGGCAUGCGCCGUUGUUCGCAGACCCAGCUUUCGCGCAAUUUUCCCAGGAGAUCGGUUUGGCAUCCUUAGGCGCACCAGACGAUUUUAUCGAGAAGUUGGCAACGUGCUUCUGGUUCACCGUUGAAUUCGGCCUUUGUCACGAAAACGGUGAGGUCAAGGCGUACGGAGCGGGACUCCUGUCGUCGUAUGGGGAGCUUCAGUAUGCCCUCACUGACAAGCCGGAGAUAAGGCCGUUCGAACCGGCGAAAACAGCGAUGCAAAAAUAUCCAAUCACCGAGUAUCAACCCGUCUACUACGUUGCGGAAAGUUUUGAGGAUGCAAAGGAAAGAAUGAUAAAAUAUGCCGCGACAAUUCCAAGGAGGUUUGGAGUCAGAUACAAUGCAUACACCGAAAGUAUCGAAGUGUUGGAUUCCAAACCGCAAAUAGAAACUUUAGUGCAGAAUGUUACGCAAGAAAUGCAAAUAUUAUUAGAUUGCCUGAGGAAAUUGUAAUGUGGGUAGUGGGUAUCUAUGAAGGUAUUAACAUAGUUCUAUGUAACUUGUAUACUGGGCAUUUAGGAGAUAAUUUAUUUUAAAUGUUUAUUUUAUUGUAAUUACGGAUGAUUAUUUUUACACAAAA